CAUAUAUCUUGAUAUUUAUGAGAUAGCAAGUCAAACACUUCUAUUGAACUUCAUCACUUAUCCAUCAUCAUCUUUCCCCGAAACCCACUAAAAACCUUUGCAAAAAUGGAGAUUUUAACACUUUAUCCUACUCUGAAUCUUCCCAAUUUCCAGAAAUCCACCUGCCUUUCUUCUUCUAAAUCUUCUUUGUUUUUCAAUCAAAGCAGUACCAAUGCUUUCUUCAGAUCCGUUGAUACAACGGGUUUGGUUUUAAAGUUCAAAACCCGACCCAUUUACCAAACCAGAAGAGGGUACUGUUGCAACUCUUUGUUUGGACUUGGUGUGCCGGAACUUGCUGUUAUUGCCGGAGUUGCUGUUCUUGUUUUUGGACCCAAAAAGCUCCCUGAAGUUGGUCGUAGUUUCGGUAAAACUAUUAAGAGCUUUCAACAGGCGGCAAAGGAGUUUGAACAAGAACUUAAGAAACCAGAUGACUCCGAGUCAUCCGACACUGUGAUUGAAGCAACAUCAGCAACCGAAAGCUCAGAAGAAAAAGAAAAUGUAGUUUCUUCAUCGAAAGAGAGUUAGCGAGUCGAUGUACUCUUAAAUUUCUUAGUAGUCGGAUCACACAUUUUUGUUGCAGUUUCUGUAUUGAUUAGCAAUUUGGUUGUUGUGUAUAAUCAAAUACUUGUGCGACUUCCCGCUGUAUCAAGAACGUAAGCAAUAGACUUAAUAUGAAAUUUACUUCGAGAAA